AUGGUAUACGUCUGUAGUCCAGAAUCUUCUAGAAUCGCAAACAAAGUAGCCAAUUUCUCAAAAGCGACAAGGAAUUUCGUUUGCGUUAGACAAAAGACACCGAUAACCCUGCGCCUGCGCAUUGCAAUUCUACGUAGGAUCUUUGUUCUUGACGUGAUACUAAUGGCGGCACCCGACGACGCCUGCUAUUUACCAGACACCCAUCUUAACGACGCACCAUCAGUUUGA